UCACUGUCCACACCGUCCUCCAAGCGGCCGCUACCUUUCCCUUCGUAUUCGUAUCGCGCUGAGUCUCAGCUCAUUAGCCAGGAGCCACCAGACACAUCCACCACCAAGAACGAUCACCGGAGCUGCGACGAUGUAUCCGAGCGACCUCAUCGGAGGGCUGGACCGCCUGAGGCAGCAGGCGGCAAGAGCCGCGGCCUCGACUGUCUCGCUGGCCAAGCCAGCGGCCGGCGCCGCGGUUGCGGGUCUGGCCUCGACCGUCUCUCUGGCCAAGCCGGCGGCGGGCGCCGCGGUGGCGGGGCUAGCCUCGACCGUCUCGCUGGCCAAGCCGGCGGCGGGCGCCGCGAUGGCUGGGCUAACUUCGACCGUCUCGCUGGCCAAGCCGGCGGCGGGCGCCGCGGUGGCGGGUCUGGGUUCGGUGACGCGUCACGCUGCGGGGAUGGUGUCCACCCGCGAGGGGGCGGUGAAGACCGCGGCGGUGGUCGUCGGGGGCGCCGUCGGCGCCUACUUCCUGUGGCCAACGGCCGUCGUCGUCCCGUCCGCCGCCGCCGCCGCCAUGAAGGCGCCUGGCGCCGCGGGGUUCUUCAUCUCCCGCACCGCGUUCGUCGCUAACCCGCAGCUCUACUUCCAGAUCCUCCGCACCGCAGGCGCCGCCGCGGCUGCCGCGGCUUUUGCCGUGCCACUGUAGUGGAUCAAUGAAGGCAGCCCCCCUAGAUGAUGAUGAUGAUGAUGAUGUGUGUGGUGUCUACUGCUACUGCUAAAAAAUUCUAGCAUCUCUGCACUACUAGUUCUUAUUAUCUGGGCGUUCAGUUGAUGGAGUGCUGUGGUUUGUUAAUUAAUUAUUAGCAGGAUGCAUGAUGGAUAUGUCUGUGCUAGGUGCUUGGUGUGAAUUAAUACUGAAUGAGCUUAAUUAGCUUUCCUUGUACUGAAUGCUGGAUCAAGCUUUGUUGUGUUCUA